AUGGCGGCAGCAAACUAUGGGGACGUGAUAGACGUGAGUUUCAGUGAAGAUGAACAACGAAGAUUGUUCAACGGUGGAGGAAGAAGAAGAAAGUUAUUGCAUUCUAAAAGAAGAACAACGUUGGAUUUAACAACAUACAAAGAAACAGAAAGGAGGAACAAUGGUGGAGGAACAACUUUCUUGCAAGCUCCCUCUCCUUUCUUUCCUUUCUUUCCUUUCUUCCUCUCUUCCUCUCUAAAAACUGCGCAUUCUUCGUCUACGACGACCCCGAGCCCAUUUCCUCCAAACCGGCCUUCCAAGUGCUCCAGGCCAUCCAGUCCUGCGCCGCCGCUUUCCGUGCCGCCCGAACAUGCGUCUUUCCGCCUACUCUGCAACGCCUCCCGAAUCGGUGGUGUUAUCGGCAAGUCUGGUUCCAUCAUAAAAAAACUCCAGUAAUCAACCGGUGCAAAGAUCCGAAUCGAGGACGCAUCGCCGGAGUCGCCGGACCGUAUCAUCCUGUUCAUUGCUGACGCUGCCGUCAACGGCAAGGUUCUGCUGAGAAAUGAUGAGGUUUCGAAGGCGCAGGAAGCGCUGUUGUUGGUGUUCGAUAGGAUCCUUGAUGUGGUAGCGGAGACGGAGGCUGUCAACGUCGGUGACAUGCUGAUGUCUUGCCGGCUUGUGGCGGACGCUGCGGAAGCCGGCUCCGUCAUCGGCAAAGGCGAGAGAGUGGUGGAGAGGAUCAAGAAGAACACUGGAUGUAAAAUUACGGUUUUAACCGAUGAUUUGCCGCUUUGUGCCUCCUCUUCGGAUGAAAUCAUUGAGGUUCCACGCUUGGUUCGGAUGCAUUCCAAUGAGAUGAAGGCAGAGCCACCAACAAUAGUGGUUGCAACAUUUGGGAGUUUAUGCCAAAUGCUUGAAAGACAUACUUUUUUGCUUGAAACUGUGCGUGUGCUGAUUGUUGAUGAGGACAUUCAAGAGACUCAUGUUGCGCCAAUAGUUAAUGUAUUUGGUGUUGAUUGUGCAUCAGGUGAUAAGAACCUACACAAAGCAGCUACUACUUGGACUUGAAUACUUGCACAAAAAUGGAAUCAUGCACAGAGACAUUAAGAUCUUUAAUGAUCCAAUGGAAGCUCCAGACAUUGAAGACACUAGAACUAAGUGGACUUCUUUUAUUUUAAGUGUUAAUAAAUUGUAGAAACUUGACUACAAUGUAGUAUAGAUUAAUGCUAUAUUUAGAUUUAAUA